AUGGAACGACGCCAGCAAGAACCAUACAAGCAGCUUGUUUGUGUUUCUUUCAUUCUUUCUUUCUUUCUUUCUUUCUUUCUUUCUUUCUUUCUUUCUUUAGUUGAUUGUGUUUCUUUCAUUCUUUCUUUAGCCGUUCGUUUUCUUUCUUUCUUUCUUUCUUUCUUUCUUUCUUUCUUUCUUUCUUUCUUUCUUUCUUUAGUUGUUUGUGUUUCUUUUCUUUCUUUCUUUUCUUUCUUUCUUUUCUUUCUUUUUGUUUGUCUUUCUUUCUUUCUUUCUUUCUUUCUUUCUUUAGUUGUUUGUGUUUCUUUCAUUCUUUCUUUCUUUAGCCGUUCGUUUUCUUUCUUUCUUUCUUUCUUUCUUUCUUUCUUUAGUUGUUUGUGUUUCUUUCAUUCUUUCUUUCUUUUCUUUCUUUCUUUCUUUCUUUCUUUAGUUGUUUGUGUUUCUUUCUUUCUUUCUUUCUUUAGUUGUUUGUGUUUCUUUCUUUCUUUCUUUCUUUCUUUCUUUAGUUGUUUGUGUUUCUUUCUUUCUAUCUUUCUUUCAUUAACCCCGUUCGGCUUUCUUUCUUUUUUCUUUCUUUCUUACUUUCUUUUUUCUUUCUUCCUUUCUUUAGCCGUUCGUCUUUCUUUCUUUUUUUUUAGCCGUUCGUUUUUCGUUCUUUCUUUCUUUAUUUAUUUAUUUCUUUCUCUAGCCGUCUUCCUUUCUUCCUUUCUUUCUUUCUUUCUUUCUUUCUUUCAUUGA